AUGGCCUCCACUCUCGCCGCAUCGUCACUGUCGUCCCGCAUUUCCACCAGUCUAGCGUCGACGCUCCCUAGACAUGUCAGCAGCAGCCGCGUCUCGCGGCUCGUCGUCCGAGCGUCCAGCGAUGACGAGGAAUUCGAGGCUCGUCUGGAGAGCCUAAGGCGGAAAAACGCGAGCGGAACGGGGAAAAAGGCGGAGGAGCGGAAGGCCAAGGCCAGCGGAGACGCUCCGCCUGCUCCCUCCACGUCAUCCGCUUCCUCCGCGUCAGACGCCACGUCAGCAGCUGCAGAAGCAGCUAAAAUCGCCGAGAUCCUGCCUCCUCUUCCACUGAAGGAUCCCAUGUCCGACGGGUUACCAGUUUUGCUCGGAUUUUCGUCGUACACGGAGCGAUUGAGCGGGCGGCUCGCAGCCAUUGGAUUGGCCGCUCUUGUCUCGGUGGAGCUCGCAUCUGGAUCGUCCAUUUUGGAAUACCACGACGGCGCGACUCUCGCCGUACAGGUGUAUUUUCUCCUGGGUCUCGGCGCGCUUUACGUCAAGUAUGAGAAAGACAAGUCGAGCGUUCUGCCGAAGCUCCUCCGUUCCUCUCUCUGCUCCUCAUUCACUCCCGUCAUUCCUCCACCUCUCCCUUCUCUCCCCUCUCCCCCCCUCCUCUCCCUUCUCUCCCCUCUCCCCCUCCCCCCCUUCCUCUCCCUUCUCUUUUCUCCCUCUCGCCCCCUCCUCUCUCCUCCUCUCUCCCCUCCGUCCCCUCCUGACUUCUCCUCUCCCCUCCUCUCCCCUCAUCUCCUGUCCCCUCCCCUCCCGUCCCCUCCCCUCCACCUCCCCCCUCUCCCCUCCCCUUACCCCCUUCUCCCCUCCCCUCCCCUCCUCUCCACUCCCCUUCUCUCCCUCCUCUCCCCUCCUCCUCUCCCCUCCACUCCCCUCCCCUCCUCUCCUCUCCCCUCCUCUCCGCCCUUCUCCCCUCCUCUCCUCUCCCCUCCUCUCCCCUCCCCUCCUCUUCUCUCUUCUCCUCUCCCCUCCUCUCCCUUCCUCUCCCCUCCUCUCCACUCCCCUCCAUCCCUUACACUCUCUCGUUCUGCACCUUGCCCCCCCUCUCUCGUCAUCCCAGUCGUCACACCUGCCAUCUGUGAGCCUGUCACCCCCACCACCUCUCCCCCAAUUACCACCCACUCUCUCUUUCCACACCUUGACUCUCCUAUCCCUUCAUCCCAGUCGUCACACCUAUCAUCUGUAGGCCUGUCACCCCCACCCCCACCACCGCCAUUCGUACUGUACCUUUGCUCUUAUCCCUACUUGUUGGCCUUGCUCUACUGUUGUUAUCCCUAA